AUGAUGAAGCGUGGAGGUCGCGGGCAUGAAGCCAAUGGAAUUGUAACUACGCCGCCAGGGGCGUUGGCUGUGCGUUGCUGGGCAUGCCCAGAUGCUUCUCGUAACUUGCCUUCCGGAUGGGACAAGGUUCCGGAGUCGAAGGCAUACUUGUAUAAGCUCAUGUUGGCAUUCGAUGCCAAUUUCCGCCUGAAGAACAAGCUUCGUGCUGGAGAACGCAUGGAUCCGGCGUUGACCGAUGGCUUGGGAUACCCGUCACGAUCUGGACCAUAUAAAGAACAUAUCAAAACGCUCGUUGACGAAAAAGAUGUCAGUGCGCUCUAG